CAUGUCACUUUGUCAUGUCAUUUAAUUCAUUCAUGUCAUUGAAAACCGUAUGUCUUUGGGCUUACGGUUUUACACUAUUUUUAUCGGUAAUUUCUUAUAAAGAAAUGGUGUAAUUAGGACUCUAUUGAAAAUAUGUCACUCGCAGACAGUCUCAAGGAGUUAGGCUGGCAUCUGAGUCAAGAAGGUAUCGAUAAUAUUAGUGAAAACGGACAAAUACAAGAUGUAAAUAUACUUAGCAAAAAAGCUUUAGAUUAUGAUUUACGUGACAUCGGGGACUCUGCUUUUCCUGAAGACUUCACCAAGGAUCCAUCUAAGCUAGAAAGGCCUAUAGUAGUUCAAAUUCAGAAAAUAAGAAAUGUGUCUGCACCUAAAGCUAAUGAGGAAUCCUCAUAUGCACCACGGAUGUUGAAACUGACUUUACAUGAUGGGAAAUCAUUAUGCACUGGUUUAGAGACAAGCCCUAUACCAAGCCUUAGUAUUAACACACCACCAGGAACUAAACUUUUGUUAAAAAAUGAGGGUUUGGAAGUGUGUCAUGGUGUUAUUUGGCUCUCACCAAGUGUUGUAACAAUAUUGGGUGGAAGGGUGUCUCAUAUGAUAGAAAAAUGGGAAUUGAACCGGAGUUUAGCCAAGCACACAAGAGGUGGCAUAGGUGUUGAUGGUGGGCCUCCUCCAUGGAUAGCAUUUGGACAGCGUCUGGAAGCACAGACUGUUGACAAACAGUUCAAGAGUCUUCAGGAAGCUUCGAAGCAAGACAAUGCAGAGUUUGAAGCUCAGAGAAAAGGCGCCAUUGCUGAGGCCCAGAGACUUUCUGGCGUGAAGAAGGUAUUUGGUGGUGGCACUAAGCCUCUGUUGGAUGCCAAUGUUCAGAAGAUUGUAGAUGCUGGCUUCUCAGAAGAACAAGCUGAAAAUGCUCUCAAGUAUACUAAGAAUAAUGUUGAUAGGGCUUUGAAAAUAUUGCAGAAAAGAGAUAAUUCGGAAAAUAGGAAAGAUAAAUCACAAAAGGAACCAGACCAACCCAAACGGAAAGGGCGAAAUAAAGAACCAAAUGAUGAAGAUGGCAUUCCUGUGAAACCAUCAGGGAAAAUUAGUCUAUUUGAUUUUCUAGAAGACAAGCUACCAAAUGUACCAGAUAAGGAUAGGAAUAAUCGGCAAAAUAAUUCAAAUGCUGAAGACAGGAAUGAUAGAAAUGGACAGAGGGAUAAGAACAGUGCCAAAAACAAUUCCCGUGCACAGACAUCCAGAUACGACAAUGGUAAUCGACAGAGAUCUGAAAACAGGGGCCACUACUCAAACGACAAUCAUCACAGGGAGGAUCGUAAAUACCAGUCCAUCACUGAGAAGCCUCCACGGUUUCAGAAGAAAUUGGAGGAGAAGAACAAACAGCAUCAUCAACAACACCAGCCGCCACAGAGCACCUCUAGCAGUAGUGUUAACAUGAAUCUACCAUAUGGGAAUUCAUAUCAGAAUCCGCCACCUCCUUACGAUAGAAAUAUGAGGAACGAUAGGCAUAUGGGUGACAAUAAAAUGCAUCAAAAUUAUCGCGGGAACACGAAUAUGGAUAGUUUAGUGGAGGCGACGGCGAAUUUGAAUAUGUUGGGUCAUCCGCUGCCGGAGGAGCAGCCGCGGUAUCAUCCCGAGCAGUAUCAUCAGAAACAGGGGUAUAAUCAGAACCUCCAGGAGAUUACGCCGUUCAGAAGGAACAAUGAGAUGGGGAAGUACCAGGAGCAGGGUUACCAACAGCAGCGGCGACAGCAGCAGCAACCGAACGGUUACAUGGAGCAGCCGAACGCUAUGUAUCCCAAUGUCAACUACAUGGCUACUGGCGCGCCCGGUUACGGCGCCCGACAAUACGGUUAUGGCGCUCGACCUCAGGAAAUGCAGAACGCGCUGCGGACCGGCACGCCGUUCCUGCAGGGCUCCCUGCUGGGCUUCCAGAACGCGGCCGUCAACGAGCAGGCGCGCGCCAUGCUCGGCGUCGCCGACAUCAACUGGAAGGUUGGCGACCGCUGCCUCGCGCUCUACUGGGAGGACAACAAUUUUUACGAAGCGGAGAUCACCGGAAUUUCCGCGAAUACAGUUGUAGUGAAAUUCUGUGCAUAUGGCAACCAUGAAGAGAUUCUCAAGUCUAACUGCUUGCCCUUCCCUACGCAACCGUCGGGCCCCAACAGCUACAUGUCUCGCGGCGUAUUCGCGGCGCGCCGGCCGUAGGACGCAUGCGCGGCGCGCGCCCCUCUCACUCUCACACUCUCACACACACGCACACACGUGCACACACACACUGCGCGCGCCGCACCGAGAUGACACUAGCAACGAGUGCGCCCUAUGAAAGCGAUUAUUAUUAUUAUUAUGAUUAUUGUGAUUACUCGGUUCUCAUUUGUCUGGAUGGCACACUUUUUUUUUUCAGAUUUUUUUAUUUUCAAUUAUAGUGUAAAAAGGUAUUUGGAUCAUUUCAAUAUACGUUACGUUUACAAUAUAUAAUAUACGAGUUAAAAUGCAGUGUCAAGUCUGCACUUCUCUUCACAAAUACCAUAAAAUUUUGAACAGCGACAUUGAUGUGUAACAUCUUUCCUGCAAUAUGGAUGCGCAAAAAGAUUCUGAAGUGUCACAGGAAACCUAAAGUUGUAGUGAUGGUAUUUGCGAGUUUUUAAAUGCGUGUUACUGUACUGCAGCUGCUUAGCAAAAUGUCUCGCAAAUUGCCAAUAUGUAUGAUGCGUUAAAAUCAUUUUUAAUUGACAAUGAAUCUGAUUUAGAGAGCUGCCUCAAUGCUCCGUAACUCUGCGUCGCCGCUUUGUAGUUUUACGUUGAGAUUGAGAUUGAAUUCGUCAACACACUGCACGUUUGGCAUUCAAUACUGAGUGUACGGCGCGACGGAGUGGUGAAGCCGCGCUCCUAUUGUUGACAAAUAAGUAAUUUGGUACUCACUUUUUUUAUAAAAUUUGGCAAAUAAGCGGACGACAGACAGAUGGACAGACAUGACGAAACUAUAAUAUAAAGGUUCCAUGUUCACUUCGGAGUAAAGUGUUCGCAAAUGAGAAUCGAGUCUAUCGACCAUGCGUCUAACGUUAGGCCUAUUUUUCAUGAGUUCACUCGUUCACCGAUCCCCGUUGGAGUUUGAAUAAGUCUCGUCUAUUUUUUUAAGAUUCAAAAGGCUUUCCCUUUAUACUUUGUUUAAUAUUCAGAGUAUUCUAUUAAAAACGUAUUUAGUUUUCCCAUUCAACAUCUGUAUUUCAAGAUCAUAUUGUAGCUAAAAACACCGGCCACGCAUCACAUGAUGUAAAGUCAUGGCAUACUUGUACCGUUCCGUUACCUCUCGGCAAGAUGAUGUUCAUUGAAAAGUGAACUUUAAGGCGUCUUCGGUAGACAUACUUUACACUGACAAGAUGAGAGCUAACAACGAGCAGGCCUUAAGUUUGUUGUCAUUGUAAAGUAUAUCUACAGGGUACGCUUUAAGGCUCAUUUUUAAAUGAACGUCAUCUUGCCGAGCGGGAGUGGUGGAGUGUGCGUCUCAAGUCAGAUGUAACAGCAAAAACAAUAAUUGUGAAAUGUAAAUGUGUAGAUCGGGAUAUCAAAAUAAUAAUGUCUGUAUUAAAUUCAAAGGGCAAGUCAAAAGCCAACGCAGGAGUAAGGAGAGUUGAAUUAUUUUUUAAUUAAAAUCUAGAUAUAUGUCAGGGUGUAGUUAUUACGAGUUGAACAAAUUGAUUUAAGGCACAUUCUUCAGAUUUCUUUUUCUACAGAAUAAAUAAUUGGCUGUUUUUUUUGGAAAUUUUGAACUUACCUAGUUUUGCUUUCUAUUUGCUCAUCAAGUUUCCUCGGAGGUAUUUACUUAUAUUAUUUUAACGCGAAGUCGCAAUAUUGUGUGUAAUAACAACUUUCCGCAAGUAAACAUAUAUCUAAAUACUAAAAAAA